GGUCGAAAGCUCUUCGUGGCCACAGCUUGCGAAAGUUGCCAGUCAGGUAUUCAGACUUGAUGUACGGUGGACGGCCUGCUGUGAACGUAUCAAAAAUCUGCACUGGCUUAAGCCCCGAGUUUGUGAUGAAUAGGAUACAAAACAUCGAAUUGAAAGCACAUCGUGGCCGCAGUUACAUGCAACUACCAAGACCAGGGGAUGGUGGUGUGGAUCUGUUCGGAAAUUACGAAGGAUUCUUGAUCUUAGUUCAAUGCAAAAAUAGGAGGCGAAAUAUAGGUCCCGAGAUCCUACGUGACCUGGAAGGGGUUUUAUCGAUGUACCACAAUGGUACUACAAUUGGAAUCCUUGUAGUCCCUUUCAAGGAAAAUUAUACCUCUGGGACAAUAAGAAGAGCUAGAACAUCAAGAUAUAACAUCAUAUUAACGGAUUUUAGAUAUCUAUAUCUUGAUCUCGUUCAGUUCGUUGAGGAACGACAGAUUGAUGAUCUUGUUCGGUUCAUUGAGGAACGAAUUCGGCUUGUUGAAGAACGAUCAGUCAAUGUCAUCCGUCAAAUAACAAGAGAUGGUUUGGCGACAGGUCCAAUAAUUGCUUAG